GCGACGCAGCGUAUAUAGUUUACCACAACGACGGCAUCUGCAUGCGCUUCAUUAUUUAUGAGGUUGCUGAAACGGCCUGAUCGACGCUCAUUGGGAAUUGACGGAUAUCGAUUUCGCUCGUCACGAGUCUACGCGAUGUUACGCGCCGAACCGGAUGAUGAAUGUUCGUUUUGGUAGUGACGCGACGAGAUGAAAAACGAGGUACGAGAACAUCGAAGACAAGAUCCGCAAACUUUCGACGAAGAAGUCGCGAGAAGUCCUCAGUCGACAUUAUGCCAUACAUUUGGAUCGAUAUCUAAUGAUGCUACGAGGUUGUUUGAAGAAGCUCUCUUGGAUGUUGCAGCUGAUUUACAUUGUCACAGAUCUAUUGUAUAUCAUGGCAGAUCGUGGCAGAUCUACGGCUUGAGUGGAAGCUAUUCACGACAAGGAGAAUGCAGUUUGAUGGAAGACCAUCGGAAAGAAAAAUUCUUUCGUACAGGAUUUCGAUUCUCUAACCGUAAGUAACGUUGCAAGGAAGUUCGACCACUAUCUUGGGGACUGAGUACAUAUAUCUGUAAUAUGUUCGAUACGCGAACGUUGAAAAAUGCACGGAUGAUGCGAUAUACUCGAAUGCUGAAAAAUGCAGAUGUUUUCUUCGAUCUCUGUGUGAAUGUGUGUGUAUGUGCGUGCGUGCGUGCAUACAUGCGUGCGUGCGUGUGUGUGCGCGCAUACAUAACUCGUCGAAGCUUUUCAAUUUUAAUGUAAAUCUUCUCGUAAUUGACUAUCGAAUAAAAUUUAUAUUUGUAUGGAGUCUACUUCCAAUUAAUCAAGCUAUAAAAACGCGAUAUUUAUUCGCGAUUUCAUUAAUUAAAGAGUUAAUUAAAAAUUAUGCAAUAUUUAAUGUUUUCUGAAUAUGAAAAAAAUGAUUAACAAUUACAGUUCAACACUUUGUAUUAAAACAAUAUUUUAUUCAUUUCGAUGAAUUAUACGAAUGCUUAAAUAUCCACUAAUUGCUUAUAAAAGAUUUAACUAUUUUUAGAGAAUAUGUUAUGGUUUUAAUGAAACACGAAAUUGAUCUAGGCACAAUACAUAUUUGCGGAGUUGUUUAACAAAUUUUGGUCAUUAUUCCUAGGUAGUACAUC